UGAUUAAAAACGUCAAUGUUAAUUAUAUUUAAUUUUAGAUAUUACAACACUGCAAUAUAUACACCAAGUGAUAAAGUUAAAUACAACUUUUUCAAUAAAAUUUAAUCAAUUUCAAUUAAAAAGAGAUAAAUAAUGACACUUAUUAAAACAAUUGGUAAACACCUACUGUGGAUCAUUGUUUUCAUAAAUUUAAGUUUAGAUGUGAUCUCCGAAAACAUGACAGUAACAAAAAACAUAAGUAUAGUUUCAACGAAUAGUACAAAAAACAGUACUGUCAAUCGGACAGCAGAUUCAAGAAGAUUAAAAAAUGAAACUUUCAUCAUAACAAGCCUAAUUAUACUAAUAAUUGUCUAUACAAUUUGCGGACCUGUAUCUAUAGAAUUAAUAAGAAUGGGCAUGAGGGCCUGCUUCGAAAACAUCGAAUAUUUUUUCCGUAACGGCUAUAGAAAUACAAUACGUCGUUUGAGGAAAUAUUUUCGAAGAGAUCACCCUGAACCUGCUGUAAGACACGAAAUAAACGGAGGAAUAGAACUUAUCGCAGACAAUUAAUUAAUGAGAGGACGAGAAUUAUUACAUACAGCAGUUACUAACUA